GUCAUCAAAGGGAGCAGGUGUCACACGCCAGUCCUACAGCGCUCGAUCUCCCUCUCUCACAGGAACUUUUAGGGAAAGCGAGAGACGAAUAUUCCAGGAGGAAUUAUUAGUGAACUUACAUUUGCUUUAAUAAUACUACUACUAAUACAUAAUACUAAUUAUAAUAUUGAUAACAAUAAUUACAAUACAAAAAAAUACUCAAAGUAAUACACAAACAAAUAUUUAAACAAACAACUGAUUGUUAUAUUUGUACAAUGUCUGUGUUAUAUUAACGUACACUAAUUUUUCUUUUUAAUUUGUUUUCAACAGUAUAGACACCAAAAUUCUAAGCCAUUUUACAAAUCUUAUACAGAGCCAUUACAAAGACUACUGAUAUAAUGUCACAUCCAUAUGCCACACCAGGGCGACUAACCCUAAAAUGUGUUAAAACACAUGUUUAUCAUAAAGCAAGCUCAUUUUCAUAUCAAAAUUCUAAAAUAGAGAUUAGUUCUUACAAAACCUCCGCAGCUUGUGCCCUCACUGAUGGCAGUAGGGCAAUUCUGCACAAGAAAAAUGGCCCAGAUCCAGAAUUUGAGGAGGGAGCAUCAUACAUACUCAGAAAAAGCAUAAUUUCAAAGCGGUAUGGGCGGCUAUACUUGCUGCUUGAACGAAAAUAUAAAUUUAGGACGGCUCCAAUAAACAUACCCGAGGAGGCUGAGAGAGCAGCAAAGGAUGCUCUGUGUCCACCAUCUGCUCUGGUGACUGGGGAGGAGGAGGACAUCUUUUCCAAAAGUGGAUAUUUAAGUCUUCAAGGGAAGGUGGAAAAAUUGCACAAGCCAAGGAUGACUCGAUCUGAGAUUCCAAUCUUGGAUCUGAAGUUGCGGUGUGGUGCGAGCCUCCUGGAUGUUUCUCUGUGGAGAGAUGAAGCACUAACUAAUCUCCAUGAAGAGGACCAGGUAGAAAUAAGCCAUCUCCAUGCGAGUCUUCUUCCAAAAGGAAAUGGCAAAUUCAACUCCUCAGCCUUCACAACCAUCAAGAUUGAGGAACCUGAAAUUAAGAAGGAGGAGAUUGAAGUUAUUGGAGUAACGGAAGAUCAGGGAAACUACACACUCCUGACAGAGGAUGACAAAACUUAUGAAGUCCCAGCAAGUUUUUAUUCAGGGAAUUUUGCGGAUCUUAUCAAGCAACUGCCAAUGAGACUCUCCAUUACCCAUAAAAAUAAUCAUGUAAUGGAGAUUAACGCAGUUGAAAAUGACAAUGAAUAA